AUGGGCCAAACCCUGUUGUUCAAGGGAUCCAAGAGGAACUCCAAGAGUGCCCCAAGCACCUACAGCCUGUACCCCAAGGAGCUGAAGGAAAAGGGACUCUUCAGCAUCCAACACCUGGCUGGGUCCCAUUCAGAGGUCCUGCUUUGUAGACUUCGUGAGGUUUGCUUGGCACUUACCAGCGAGGUGACCAACCUCCGUUCCAAGGUGUCCUACUCUGCCAUUGUCACUCUGGGAGAGCUCUUUGUGACCUUGAAGAAGGACAUGGACUCUGAGGUGGAUGAGGUUGCUCGGGUCCUUCUCCAGAUGGUGUCCAACUCCCCAGAAUUUGUUCGGAAAGCAGCCAGUCAGACCCUGGGGAUCAUGGUGGAGAAUGUGACUCCUGCACGAGCAAUGACUGCUCUCAUGGACAUGGGAGUCAACAGCCGCCCCGCCCCGGUGCGGCAGUGUGCGGCCCAACUCCUCCUGUCCCUGAUGCAGACAAUUGGAGUCACCAAGCUCGCAGGCACAGCCUGGGCUGAGAGGCUGGCACACGUGGCAGGGAAGCUUGCUCAGGACUAUCACAAGGAUACAAGGCAUUAUGGACAGGAGAUGGUGAAGAUGUUGCUCACUCAUCAACAAUUUAAAAUGCUUCUGGAACAAUCUCUUUCCUCCCGUGACCUGGAAGAUAUUCUGACAAGAAUUAAGAAGGAAGGCAUGGCAAACCAGAAGGCUGAAGGCCCAUCUGUCAAGGAGCCGGUGAAGGAGAGGAACGAUGGCUCAAAGAAGCCCCAGGCCACAUUGUCUUCUAGCAAGCGGGUGAAAUCUCUCUCUGAUGGGCACCUCCUACACCGUGCAAAAGCCCAGGUCACGUCACCUCCAGCUGUGGAAGAAACGGAGCUGCUCCAGAAGCUUUACCAUCUCCUGGAAGCCAAGGGGUUUCAGACAAGGAUGGAAGGAGUGGAACUCCUCCAAGACCUGUGCAGAACAAACCCCCAGCUCAUCUCCACUAACAUUGUCCAAAUUUUUGAUUGUUUUGUCCUGAGAAUAUCUGACAGCCACAAGAAAGUGAAGCAGAGGGCGCUGGACGUGCUGGCUGAAAUCACAGGAGCCCUGAAAGAUGCCCUGAACCCGGUGAUCAUUGGUUUGGUGGAAGGAAUAACAAAGAACCUGAAUUCAAAGGAUGCCAGGGUUCGUGGGGCAGCUGUGAAAGCACUGGAAGAAUCCAUUGCUCAUUUGGAUCAAGUGUCACUGCUGAAAGAGUUCAGCUACCAAUGGAAUCACCUGAGUGGCCAAGCUCUGCUGGAUGUCACCGAGCGUAUCACAGUGCUUGUGCAGUGGGUCCAUGCCAGGAGCCCUGCAGUCGUCCAGCGCGACGCCCUGCCCGUGCUCUGGUCCUUCCUGGAGAACAAGGCGCUGCCCGUGCGGAGCGCCAAUGUCCGCACCGUGGCCACCAAGCUCGCCUCUGCCCUCUACAAGGUGAUGGGCACCCAGCUGAAGAAAUGUGCUGCCAGCAAGCCUGCACACGUGCGGGAAAACCUCUCCAAAAUGCUGGGCUGGUGA